AUGCGCGGUUCGAAUGGAUAUCAUCAUCCGUCACGUGGCACCUACGAAAGCUACAGUAACCCUCAGCCAUCCUCCGGUGGACACGGACAAAUGGUUAUCAAUAUGAAGACUACAGUAACCACGAGUGGUGGACAACAUAAUGGUCUAGUCGUACAUAGUGCAAUUCAAUCGGCCGGUAGUCCGAGUACGAGUCAGAGUUCUUGGAUGUCUCCAUACUCAGAAUCUCCCACCCGCCGACUAGAAGAAGGUCUAGAUCUGAUGAGAUCCAACACUUCUCUUCAUAGAAGUUCUCCACUCCCAAUCCAAAUGGUACCCAGUACAUCUCGUGAAACAUUAAUAUCAAUUGGAAGAGAAGGGUCGUCGAAACGAGAAAAUGGAGGACAUCAUCACCAUCAGAUUCCUCCGAAACCUCCGUCGCCACCGCCUUCGCCGAUUUAUUCGUUUAAAGGUCGUGAUUCACCGCCAGACGAGUUCAUUCAACCAACAAAGCUUGUUCUAAACGUCUUCCGUCCGAAUAAUUUAUUAGGAGAAAUUAGAAGAAACUCAAUUUAUUUCUUCUUUCCACCGGCUGAACCAGCCAAUCCUCCGAUAGAUCCGAGAAGACCAGAGACUCCAGAGAAGAUUCCUCCAAUAUCUGGAUCAGCAGCCUCGAUGACAGACAAACACAUGAGAGCGACGAAGACGAGAAGAAGGAAAUUGAAAUUCAUUGUUUUCGGGAAUUGUGAAGAUUCAUGGGGUGGGGUGGGGGCUUUAUACUGGCUCCGUGCUCUCACGAAACACCAAGAACCCGCUUGGCAAACUCCGAUAUCCCGUUCCCAAGUGUCUCUCACCCCAUCAUCAGGAGGAAUCCAACUAUCCAAGAAGAAUGCUCUUCUCAAUGACGCCGUGACAACGACAACAACCGUCGAAGUGUUCAGAGCUCCUCUAGAUUCAGAGAGCUCACUGAUCUCGCUGACUCCAUCUCCGUUCGGUGGAGCGCCUUUGCUUGUAAGGGCACACGGACCACAGUACGAGCAGUGGAAUGAUAGGAAAGUGCAGACAUUGAUGAGUGAUGAGGAUCGGAGGGAUUUGAGGAAAGAGGUGCAGUGGAAGGAACGGUUGAUAGAGGAGAGCGAUCGGAGGUUCCGUGACAACACGAGUGAUUUCUACGAUGAAAUUCAAGAUCCUCCGCAAUACAUCCAUCAUGACUAUCGACCGAAACCAUCGUUCCAACCGGUUACCCACCCCAUCAUCAUGACGGGAUCUAGGGAUGAUUUGAGAUCCCAACCGCCACCGUACCCAGCACCUCUCAGUCCUCUGUAUAUUGUCCCAGACCGUCACAGGAAUCUAACAAAUUCCGUGUCUCCUGGACAGUAUUCUAGAAGAAGUAAUGGAUAUCCGGAGACGAGAAACGAAGAGAGAAGACAGGAAGAGAGGAGGGAGGAGCCAAGGGAUGAGUAUCGUCUAAGGGCUGAGAAUGAACAGAAUCAGAAUAGGGAAAGAUACCACCACCGUCGCUCCAAGUCCUCGACCCGCGACGACGCCUCCACCAGCCACCGAUCCCUCCGUCACCGCAGUAUGUCUCCAGCGUCUCGUCGAUCACUUGCCACCUCAAUCGGCGGAUCUCAAGAAGAGAUUUUAAUGGAACGAGUCAUCGAUGAGCUGGAAAUGAUCUCAUCUCCAUUGGCAGAGUCUGAGGAUUCUCUCAUUUCCGAAAUGUCGACAAGGAAUGAUGUGGCAAGAUCUUCUUGGUUGGAGUAUCGAGGGAUUCGUAGAAGGAUUGAAGAUGGGAAUGAGAGUGAUUUUGAAGAGGACGAGAGUGACGUCUAUGCGCCACCACCGAUUCCAGAGAGGGAUUAUUCCAGACUCCGCUCCUAUCGAAAACACGGCGAGGAAUUCUCAAUGCGUAGAUCAAAAAGCUACGAAAGACCGGGAAGACCACGGACACCCGAGAAAAGAUGGUCAAGGAAUGCGCGAAGUUUAGUGGAUAAGACGAAGAAGAUCAAUGCGAUUUAUGCGACUCCAAUCAGAAAAAAUAUCACUUCGAAUGCAGUGGUGGCACCUCCAAUUAUAGAAGAAUUCGUCGAGGAAGUGCCGAGAUACGUGAGACCAUUGAAGACGGUGGAGGAGGUUAAAGUAGAGGUGGUCAAAGAAGAAGAAGAGGAGAAAGAAGAAGAACUUCUGAGUCCAGGACUUGUUCCAGUUAUUGAUUUAAGCACUGAAAUUGAGUUCUCAUCGGCUACAACAACGGCAAAAGUGGAGAGACCAAAGUUGGCUCGAGAAGACUCUCUGACAGAACUUCUGAAACGGCAAUUAUCCACAAAGAACCAUUUGAAAAUUCGUGAAGAACUACCGGAAUAUGUGGAACCUAAGGAUCCAAUCAUCCGGGAGCUCCAGGAGUUUUUGAAGAUUGAACCGAAAAGUUCGGAGGAGAAUUCACAGAACUUCACGUCUAACUCUAUAGAGAAGGAGAGGAAGGAGGUCUCACCAAAUGGAAAAGAGAAAGCUGUGGAAGCAAAUGAGCACCGGCUAAUCGUGAGAGGAUGGCAAGAACUUCUGAAGUCAUCAUCCUCAUCGUCCACCUCUUCCACGUCUUCGACAACUGUGUAG